AGUAUUUAUUCAACUCCCAGAGCGAUAUCGAUUCGAGUUAUAUUUACUGUUCCAUUUAAAUUGUUAAAACAGCAUCCGCAAUACUUGAUUUCAACUCCAAUAAUGGCCAGAAACUAUCUUUACACUUUCGAUGAUAUCUACAUCACCGAUCAUCAAAGGCAAUUUUACGAAGAUAAUGGCUAUUUGAUUAUAAGAAAACUUGUUAACGAAAACCUUAUCGAUUUAUGCUUAGAAAGAUUUUUAGAUAUUGCUAAUGGAAGAGUAAAACCCGACCCAAAAAUGAUUCCAAUGAAAGAUAUUCAAUUAAAAAAAUUAGGAAAAACUGGAGAAAUGAUGUAUUAUAAACUAAACGAUAUUUUAUAUGACGAUAUUUUUUAUAAAUACGCAAGUAAUAAGAAUAUUUUAAACAUCGUUUCCAGCAUAAUAGGACCAACUGUAACUGCUUGUCACUCAAUGAUUAUAAACAAACCACCACACGCAGAUUCAGAUUCUUCCAGGCAUCCAAUGCACCAAGAUAUGCAUUAUUUCAGUUUUGGACCUGCGAAUAAAAUUGUAGCAGUUUGGACCGCAAUGGAAAGAAUAGAUGCUCGUAAUGGUUGUUUAUUUGGUGUACCCGGUAGUCACAAAGGGAAAUUAUAUCCUCAUUCAUACCCCGAUAAUGUUAAAAACCCUGCUUUUCAUGGUGUUUAUAACGUUGGAAACGUAGAAACCGUUAAUUUCGUUAUGGAAAAAGGAGAUACAAUAUUUUUCCAUCCGAUAUUAUUACACGGUUCGGGGCCAAAUUACACAAAAGGAUUCCGUCGAGCCCUUUCAGUUCAUUACGCGAACACAAAUUCAGAGUUUUAUGAUGUUAUUGGAACAACACAGGAAAAUGUUACUUUAGAAUUACAAGAAAUUUUUAAAAGAAAAGGAGUAGAAGCUCAUUAUCACGUAAGAUUUAUUUUUAAUCACAAGAUAAAUGUUAAAUGGUCAAUUUAUUAUCAAAACGAUUAGAGGAGCAAAACGUCAUCUAAUCAUGCGUCAAUAACAAAAUUAUGAAAUCCA